UGCGUGGGGAGGCGGGGCUAUAGUGUAAUUCGUAAACUGAGCUCGUUACAAAGGGAGGUCGCGACGGCCCGUAUGUAAACACGGCGCCACCACGUCUGUGUGUGUGCGCGCGCGCGUUCUUAUUCAUUGUAAUGCUUAACAUUCGUUUGCUCGUAGUUUAACAUGUCACCUUUUUACGUGGUAGCCACGAUGCUGCCCACAAAGCGACGACGACGACAACAACAACAACAACAACCGCAACCGCAGCAUCCGGAACCCAGGAACAAGCGAGCCUGUGGCACCGGUCACGACGACGAUGAUGGCAACUCCGCGGACGUUGUCGUUUCCCCGGAGGCGGCAUCGGCAGCGUCGGCGCAAGAGGCGGCGCGUGACGCGGCGAGAACCGGGGGCGAACUCAGCCCUGAGCGCCUGGUGCCCACGGCCUUCGCCUGCAGCUUCCUGGAGGUGGAGGCGACGCUCAACGGCGUGCUCGGCCGCCUGAGCUUUGGCGAUCCCGUGCGCUACGUGUACAACCCCACGGAGUACGCGGCCGAGACGCACCGCCGAUUCGUGGCCGCGUACUGCCGCGGCCCCAAGGACGUCCUCUUCCUCGGCAUGAACCCGGGGCCCUUCGGCAUGUCGCAGACCGGGGUGCCAUUCGGCGAGGUGUCGGUGGUCCGCGAUUGGCUGCGCAUCACGGGCGAGGUGCGCCAGCCACCGCGCGUCCACCCCAAGCGGCCCGUCCUGGGCCUUGCGUGCCCCAAGAGCGAGGUGAGCGGCGCUCGCUUCUGGGGCUUCUUCCGCAGCCUCUGCGGCCCCCCAGACGCCUUCUUCCGCCGCUGCUACGUGCACAACUACUGCCCGCUCGCCUUCCUCGCAGAGAGCGGCAAGAAUGUGACGCCCCCCGAGCUCCCCGCAGCCCAGCGGCGUGCCCUAGUGCGGGCCUGCGACGCCGCUCUCUGCCUCGCCGUGCGGGCGCUGGGCGUGCGCGUCGUGGUGGGCCUGGGCCGCUACGCGGAGCGACGUGCCCGUGACGCCCUCGAGGCCGGCGGGAUGGGGCCCGCCGAAGUCCGCGUCGCCUUCCUCAUGCACCCGUCGCCCGUCAACCCGCGAGCCAACCGCGGGUGGGACGCGGUGGCGCGCCGGACGAUGCAGGAGAUCGGUAUCCUGGAGCUGCUCACGACGGAGGAUGGGGAGAUCAGCCAGUGCGCCGGGUAGUGGUUGUGUCUGCCGUAAGGUAAAGGUGUUGGGCCCCACGGUUGGCUUGCCCGUGCCGCUGCCCCGGUGAAUGGAAGUUGUAGUCGUGCUCAAUCCGCUGCUGGAUAAAGGGCUCCCUAGUCAGAAAUGUGCUACGGUGCACCUUUUGCUCAUUCCACUGCAGGCCAUCGGAGGGCUUCUCCUAGAGGGAUUGUAGAUUACUACGAUCUGGAUGGAUUCUAAAGAAUUCUAAAGAAUCCCUCUAGAUCGUAGUUGUACUCCUUCCACACUGGAUUUGCGCGUGAGUGAGAGUAGGAGGACGGGAGGUGAUGGGAGCAAUGACAUCCGUUUCAUACGCAUGUGCCUGGCAGAUUGUUACAUCGCAGAAUUUUGAGAGGUGGCGGCAGCCUGGGGUUAGGCCUUCAUCCAGCAGUGGAUUUACUCUGGCUGAUGGUGGUGAUGAUGAUGAGUAGGAGGAAACUGUGUUUGACAGUUACCGUGGUGUGCGGCAUGCUAAUGCAAGCUAACAGAGAUAGGGUGACUCUGAAAAAGAUAAAUUAAACGAAUUUUUUUUUUUACCAUGUAAGGCCCACUGAGCUAUAUAGCUCUUUUUCAGAAGCGACCUGGCCACAAAUGAUAGCUCAACAAGGUGGCUUAUAUUCUUGGUUCUUUCGGUAAAGUCACG